UUGCGCGAGUGGUUUGCUCGGCGCUGGAGCCGUACUACUGGAGCUGGAGUUCCUGCUGCUGCUAGAGCUGCUGGAGGUACUGGAGCCACUGGUCACGGAGGUGCUGGUACUGGAGCUGAUGGGGCUGGUGGUACUACAGGAGUUGGAGCUGGAGGCGCUGGAGCUGUUUCUGCUGUAGGUGCUGCUGGUGCUGGAGCUGGUGGUGCUGCAGGACUUGGAGCUGGAGGCGCUGGAGCUGUUCCUGCAUGUGGUGCUGCAGGAGUUGGAGCUGGAGGCGCUGGAGCUGUUCCUGCUGGUGGUGCUGCACGAGUUGGAGCUGGAGGCGCUGGAGCUGUUCCUGCUGGUGGUGCUGCUAGUGCUGGAGCUAGUGGUGCUGCAAGAGUUGGAGCUGGAGACCCUGAAGCUGGGGGUCUUGCUGAGCGUCGUGAGCCUGCGUCUCGCCCUGCGUCGCCUGUUCGCGCUACUCGCACUAGUCGUCGUGUUCCGCAUCCGCGUCCUCCUCCUGUCCCCGGCACGCACCAGAUGGCACUUCGUCCUUCCUCUGUUCCACUGCGUGUCCCUCUGCCGUCUCCUCCUGCGUCCUCCCUUUCUGACGGUCCGGACCCCGAGUGUGACUCACUUCGUGCUGCCAGCCCUACCAUCACGCGUCUACUAGCUACUGUUGUCACUGACCCUUCCUUUGAGUCCACUGCUGCGUCUGCCUUAGUUGCUGAGCUUGUCGACUUUGCUGCUCACUGUCGUCUAGACUACGCCGCUAGUCUUGUUGCUGUGUCUGAGUCUGUGUGUCCUCCGUCCGUCGGGGGUGAGUGUGCUCUUGGCACGGACGUCCUUGAGGACAGGCAGGAGGACUUUGAGUACUUUGCAACUGCUGUACCUCAUCUCGUGUCCAUGCUGAGUGCACCUGAGGGAGACCCGGAUGCACCAGACAUCCCGACCUCGCGCUCUUAUGCAGAGGCGAUAGAGGGUCCUUACUCCUCUCAGUGGCAGUCAGCCAUGGACGCAGAGAUGGCAUCCUGGAAGGUGAAGCGGCCGCCGGGUUCUCCGCCUGUCUUCAAGGCGCGUUACGUUGCUCGAGGCUUCAGUCAGCGAAAGGGAGUUGACUUCUUCCAGACCUUCUCCCCGACCCCGAAGAUGACCACUCUUUGGGUUUUGCUGCACGUCGCCGCUCAAUGUGACUACGAGCUUCACUCUCUUGACUUCAGCACUGCUUUCCUACAGGGCAGCCUGCACGAGGAGAUCUGGCUGCGCCGCCCACCUAACUUCACUGGGUCGUUUCCUCCUGGUACCUAG